AUGACUAUUAAGAAGGUCACCCGGAUGAAUGAGGGCGCCCGGUUGGAUGCCGGAGACGAUCUGGCUGAGCAGCUGGCUCAGAUGAAGAUCGCACAGGAGAAGCUCAGCAAGCAGCUCGACGGCAAGGUCGCAGAGGGUAGUUCCGCCACCGCCGCCCAGAUGAAGCAGCAGCAGGACGACAAGGAGGAGUACGACGCCGAGAGCGACGACCAGGAGCUCUCGGAGCAGCUUGCCACGCUGGUUCUCGGCGAUCCCAACCCGGAGAAGAAGAAGCGUAAGAAGCGCCGCGGCAAGAAGAGCAAGAAGAGCGCCGAGCAGAAGGCGGCCGACGAGAAGACGGCCCAGGAGAAGGAGGAGGCCCGGCAGAAGGAGAUUGUUGAGAUGGCGCAGAAGAUGGCCGACGACAUCGUCAAGAAGAUGGGCGUCCUCAACCUCUACAGGUACCCCAACUCGACGAAUACGACCCAGAAGGAGACGGAGACGGCGUCCAGAGAGAUGACUACGAAGCAGGCGCUGCCGGUUGAGAAGACUUCUACCAAGGGCAAGAAGAAAAUGAACACCGACAAACUGAUCGAGGAUUGGAACGAGUACUUCGGCGAAGGCGAGCUCGAGGACUGGCGGCGUCUCUGCCGCGACCUCGGUCUACCCGACGAUCUGCCCAGCAAGACCAAGUGUCGCGAUGCUGUCAAGGGUGUUCACGUCAACAUCAGACAGUUCCUUGACGCCCAGCGCAAGCCCGAGGACGUCAUCUUCUUCAAGAACGUCUGGAAGCUCGCCAGCUGGACCUUCAACAAGAGACUCAGAGUUCGCCUCGACGCCAUUCCCCGCGGCACACCCUUGCGGUCCCUCAUGCGUGAGCUUAGUCGCUACUAA